CGCGCCUCGCAGUCACAAAGCUGUACGUGUGUGCAAGCAGACUGGACUGUCCGCCACCGAUACGAGGAGGAAGAAGACACCCAGCAACUAGCCAGAAAAGCUGCUCCUGAAGUCGCCUUGGUGCCAUUUCUCCAGCCACAAACAACAAACUCUGAAUUCUUAUUAAAUAUGUCUAAUAUCGUCUGCUGUCAAACCCCUAAGGUUAUAAUGUAUGACCAACACAGAAUAAGAACAACUCUAUAGCCAACGGGUUCCCGAGGACUUGAUUACAGUCGCUUCAAGCCUGAUAGUUUGCUGGGGUGGAAGCCCUCCCCCUCCCGUCUGCUGCCGCCUGUGUUGUCGACUGGCAUUUCUUCUGACACCUUUCCCAUCCCACUCCUUGGGUGAAGACGACCGGAGUUUCCCUGGAAUCUCUUGUCUACUUUGCCUGUUGCCUGAUUUUCAUUUCCUGUUCUACUAUUGCCGUGGCACUUCCCUGGAUUUGAGCUACUCCUCCAUUAGGCAUACACCCAAAUUCAGCCAAAAUGAUUCCGAAUGGUUAUCUGAUCUUUGAGGAUGAGAGUUUCCUGGAUUCCACUGUGGCGAAAAUGAACGCUCUGAGAAAGAGCGGUCAGUUCUGCGAUGUUAGACUGCAGGUAUGUGGUCAUGAGUUGAUGGCUCAUCGUGCUGUGUUGGCUUGCUGCAGUCCAUACCUGUUUGAGAUCUUCAACAGUGACAUUGAACCACAUGGAGUGUCUCACGUCACUUUUGAGGACUUGGACCCAGAGGCUGUGGAGAUCUUGCUCACCUAUGCCUACACUGCCCAGCUGAAGGCAGACAAGGGGCUGGUCAAGGAUGUGUACUCAGCUGCUAAAAGGUUCAAGAUGGAGCGAGUCAAACAGAUUUGUGGUGACUACCUGCUGUCUAAGAUGGAUUCCCAGAACGCCAUUUCCUUUCGAAACUUUGCCAGCUCAAUGGGAGAUGCUAGAGUUUUGGCCAAAGUAGAUGCCUACAUCCAAGAUCACUUACUGGAGGUGUCCGAACAGGAGGACUUCCUCAAACUUCCCCGCCUCAAGUUAGAAGUAAUGCUAGAAGACAACCUGACCCUGCCCAGCAAUGGCAAGCUUUACUCCAAGGUGCUAAACUGGGUGCAGCGCAGCAUUUGGGAGAAUGGAGAGCAACUGGAUCAACUCAUGGAGGAGGUGCAAAUGCUGUACUACUCACCUGACCAUAAGCUGGUGGAUGGAGGGCUGGUGAUUGAGGGGCACACUGAGGUGUUUGGUGGCGAGGAGGACCACCUUCAGUUUGUGCAGAAGAAGCCAGUACGAGAGAGCACCCAGAGACAGAUGAGCUGCAGUUCCUCGGGAAGCCUUUCACCCUCCAACCAAGCAGCAAAUGCUCCCAAACAGACCACCAGGAGAGAGUGGAAGUACAUUGCCUCUGAGAAGACGACAAACAACACCUACCUAUGUCUGGCUGUGUUGGAUGGUGUGUUGUGUGUGAUCUUCUUGCACGGCCGCAGCAGCCCUCAGACCUCCCCCUCCGCCACCCCCUGCCUGCUAAAGAGCCUCAGUUUUGAGGCCCAGCCCGAGGAGUUGGAGGAGCAACCGUUGUCACCCAUGCAUUAUGCUCGCUCCGGCCUUGGCACCGCAGCCCUCAAUUCGAGGCUCAUCGCAGCAGGCGGCUACAACCGAGAGGAAUGUUUGAGGACUGUGGAGUGCUAUGACCCCAAGGAGGACCGCUGGACCUUCAUCGCUCCCAUGCGAACUCCAAGGGCUCGUUUCCAGAUGGCUGUGCUCAUGGGUCAUCUCUAUGUGAUUGGCGGUUCUAAUGGACAUUCUGACGAGCUGAGCUGCGGGGAGAUGUACGAUCCGCACGCCAAUGAGUGGGCUCAGGUGCCAGAGCUGAGGACAAACCGCUGCAAUGCAGGUGUCUGCUCCCUGAACAACCAGCUCUACGUUGUAGGAGGGUCAGACCCCUGUGGGCAGAAAGGACUGAAGAACUGCGAUGCUUUUGACCCAGUGAGCAAAACCUGGUCCAACUGUGCCCCCCUCAACAUCAGGCGGCACCAGGCUGCAGUGUGCGAGUUGGAUGGCUUUAUGUAUGUGAUCGGCGGGGCGGAGUCCUGGAACUGCUUGAACACCGUGGAACGCUACAACCCUGAAAACAACACCUGGAGCCUGAUAGCGCCAAUGAAUGUGGCUCGCAGGGGGGCCGGCGUGGCAGUCUCUGCUGGCAAACUCUUUGUGGUUGGCGGCUUUGACGGCUCCCACGCGCUGCGCUGCGUGGAGGCGUACGACCCGGCCCGCAACGAGUGGCGGAUGCUGGGAAGCAUGACCACGUCUCGCAGCAACGCGGGCGUGGCCAUGCUCGGCGACACCAUCUACGCUGUGGGCGGCUUCGACGGAAACGAGUUCCUGAACACGAUGGAGGUGUACAACCCCGAGACAGAUGAGUGGACCGACUGCACCAAGCCCCUCGCCCCCCUAUCUGAGUGAAGGGUUAGGAAGUUUCACAGCGCUUCACCUUUUUUCCAAACUAACAGGCUUAGUGAUGUAAUCAAUGUUUCGUGAUGUGUGUGUGUGUGUGUGUGUGUGUGUGUGUGUAUGAGAGAGAGAGAGUGGAUGAGUGGUUGUUUUGGUGGGGUGGAAGGGUUCUAGGACGAGGGGUCUUCAAUGAAGACUAGCUUAUAUUUAGUGGGGUGGGGCUCGUUGCCCAAAGCAACAUGAAUGAAGCCUUUUCAUAAUGCGUACAUUGUUCUACGUGCUGUAUAUAUCGUUACUCAUUCCUGUCAUAUGCCAACACUUACUACACUUAUACACUUAGUGCUUUUCUUUUUCUCUUCAGAGUGGAAGAGUUUGUCACUUUGGAAGGUUUUCAGAUGAAGCGAUCUACUACCGAUCACUUAGAAAGCGGAAGUGAUGGAGAAUGGAUCUGUUGCGGAUGUCAUUUUGCUCACGCACUAAAGGUUGAUGAUUUGAAGCCUUAUUCACUGUGCAAGUUCAUUAACACCUGUAAAGGAAUUGUGUGUGUGUGUGUGUGUGUGGCAUUUUCAAGCAGCUGGAUUGUGUUUUGAAUCUGAAUAAUGGCCUUUUUAUAUUUUUAUACACUGCAGCGUUCUCAAAACUUAGUAGCAGACAGCUAAAGUCAAUAAAUCUAACCAGUGCCAGUUUUAGUUAAGUUUUAUUGCGCACAAAACAUGCACAGCCAAGCUUCUGCUAACCAAACAUUACUAAUGUGAUUUAACUCGUGUACGUAGAUGCAGUUUACUGAAAAUUGUCAAUUUUAUUUCUGGAAGGGUGUUCAGAUUUAAAUUCACAUUUGUAAUAUUUCUUAAUAAAUCAUGAAAAUGGAA